AUGCCUUCCGAGGAUGUUCAUCCAAGCCCCAACGGACCGAACCAAGUCGAUGAUACGAUUCCAAUUACCCAGAGUCAGAGGACUUUGUUCGAAUUUGGGUCGUUCGAUCAUUCGGAUAUUCCACUAGAGCCAGAAGAAUGGCCCGUUAUCAUCAUCGGGUCAAGUAUGGUAGGAAUGACUUUGGGCGUGCUUCUGGGAUACCAUGGUGUCAAGUCUGUGUCUUUUGACCGCCAUCCUUCUACUGCCAUACAUCCCCGCGCUGCAUUAUUUCUCCUGCGCUCUGUCGAGAUCUUCCGCCAGCUAGGUCUUGAGGAUGAACUCCGCUCAGAAAGCGCCUCAAAUUUUGACCUUGAUGCUGGAAUGAUCAUUGUCGAGAAGCUAGUAGGAGGCAAGGUCCUGGCGAGUAUGCAAGAGAGUGAUCCAGCUGAAGUAGCUAAGGCUAGCCCGAGUCGCCGCUUAUGGCUGACUCAAAACAUGUUUGAGCCUCUUCUGCGCAAAAGGGCAAAGGAAUUUGGUGCCGCCCAGGAGUUCAGCGAGACCGUCGUGCACUAUGAGGAACUGUCAGACGGUGUACUUGUGGUGGUGCAAAACGUUCAAUCAAAAAGCUACAGGAAAUUCAAGACCAAGUAUCUGGUUUCUUGCGAUGGAAAUAGGAGUGCGACGAGGAGAAAAGAAGGCAUCGAGUGGCAAGGUCCGGGGGUCCUCGGUGAGAGUAUUUCUAUCAACUUCAAAGCCGAUCUAACGCCAUACCUCGGAACUCGUGCUAAACACGGCGUCACUUAUAUCUCCAACCCUGCUAUCGAUGCUGGCUUCCGCCUGGAAAGCGGUGGCAAGGCUGGAUUUAUGAUCGUCACACGAGCAGGCGAUAAAAGGUCCUUUUCGCCAGACUCGGUCUCCGAACGAGACGCGAAGCAAUAUUUCAAGGAGGCAAGUGGCAUUGUGGACGACAUCGAUAUCAAGGUUGACUCCAUUUCAUACUGGUCGGUAGCGGCCUUUAAUGCCGAGCGCUUCAUGAGCACAAAUGGCCGUGUUUUCAUUGCCGGAGACGCAGCACAUGUGAUGCCUCCGACUGGCGGGAUGGGUGGCAACACCGGUAUACAGGAUGUUCACAACCUGGCAUGGAAGCUCGCCUAUGUUUUGAGAGAAAAAGCCGGUACUUCGCUUCUCCAGACCUAUGACACCGAGCGACAGCCGGUAGCUGGACUUACGAUGCGGCAGGCGUACUCAAGGCUUCAGAAACGAGUAUUUCGCAAGGUCCCAGAUGAGCCAGAACUUCCCGACAUUACCUGUGAGAUAGGGUAUCGUUACCCUUCUGCUGCUGCUGCGCAUAUCCAAAACGCCGGCAGCGACCAGUACGAAGACCCGUAUGCACCACUCGCAAUGCCCGGGAGCCGGUUCCCACAUGUGCCACUGGUACAAAACAAUCUCCAGAUAUCUACCUUGGACUUGAUCAAGACAAAUUUUGUUCUUUUCACAACUGAUCCAUCAUCACCAUGGAUCGAAGCGGCCAAAGACAUGAGACCUGAAAUAGACACUCACAGUAUUAACAGGGACACUGGUACCUUCAAUGAUCCUGACGACGCUUUCAGUCGUAUCUGUAAGAUCUCUGAAGGCGAGGCUAUCCUUGUUCGGCCUGAUGGAUUUAUUGCCUGGCGAGGGGAACAGAGGAAGGAUGGGCAUAGAAACGUACUGCAGAAGGCAUUGGAAUCUGCUUUACAUUUAACUCAUUGA